AUAAUAAUUAAUAAAAAAAGUAGUAUAGCAAAAAAAUGUACAAAACAUCAACGCAGAUAUAUACAACGAGGCUUUCAAACCUAUCAAGGAUCUUAUGGAUUUUAGUCAUUCUCGUACUACCUUAUACACAAGCUAAAUCAAUUUUCAAUUAUGGCCAACCAUAUCCGUUCGGCAUCGACGCCACAUCAACGACAACCACACAACUGCCACAAACAAUAACAACAACAACAACGGAAGCAUCAGCACGCGAUAUAGUAAUCGGUCCCUGUCGUUGGGUUAUCGAACGCAAAUGUCCCGACAAGGAUGUACGCUUCUACUUGUAUACGCGUCGUAAUCCUGUAGAUCGGCAAUGUUUGCACAUCGAUGAAACGCUGGACAAGUCGAACUUAACAAAUUCGAAUUUUAAUCCACGUUAUCAGACAAAAAUCAUCAUACAUGGUUACAAUGCGGAUAUGUUUAUGGGUACACUGCAGCGCAUGCGGCAAGAAUACUUAAUGCGUGAUGAAUACAAUAUUAUCUAUGUGGAUUGGGCUAUAUUGGCGCCAGGCCCCUGUUAUUUGAGUGCCGUCCAUAAUACCAAACAUGUGGGCGCCUGUGUGGCACAGCUUGUGGAGCGCAUUCUUGAAAUGGGUACUACCGAUAUGCAUGUCAUAGGUUUCUCGCUGGGUGCGCAAUUGUCGAAUUAUGUUGCGCGAAAUUUGGGCUCAUUUGAGCUUCCGCGAAUAACGGGUCUCGAUCCCGCUAUGCCGCUUUUUAUCACUGCUGGCAUCGAUGAUAAGUUGGAUCCCAGCGAUGCUGUCUAUGUAGACGUGAUACAUACGAAUGCCUUCGUGCAGGGUAAAAUAGAACGUUGUGGACACGCGGAUUUCUACAUGAAUGGCGGGAUUAUGCAACCCGGCUGCAAUAAGGCGGGUACAAACCCUUUUGGCUGCAGUCAUCAACGCGCCGUUGAAUAUUUCCAAGAAUCGAUAAGCUCACGCAAAGGUUUCUGGGGUUGGGCUUGCAGUUCGUACAUCUCCUACUUGCUCGGUAUGUGUCCGCCAACCAAUUAUCUGCUCGAGGCAGGCGAAGAUAUAAAACCCAGCACGAAGGGUAUGUUUUUUGUCGAGACCAAUGAUACAGCACCUUAUGCUUUAGGCAAAUGGACUGACUUGCCAACGUUGGGCAAACAAAAACCGAGCAUCACUAGAGCGCCAAUUACCAUUACUUUACCGCCGCCAGCAGGUUUCCAGGAUCCAUUGUUGCGUCAAAUCGAUCAAUGGAAUAAAUUGGAUACGAGUUUCAAUAAUAUUGAACAAACGCCAACGCCAUUUUCACAGGCUCCCAACGGUGAAAAUUGGACGUAUUUUAGUGGCGUUGGCACGCGUGAUAUAACCGAAAAUUUGGAGAAUGCAAAGGUGGAGCAGGGGGUGAAUUCUGUGGAGGAACAAAGUUUUGAGGAGACGAAAAAUGAGAAAGAAACUCAGGUGGCGUGGCAUGAAUAUCGACGAAAUUUAACUAAUGGUUAUAUAGAGAAUAGUAUUUUCAAAGUGCCUCAUAUUGAAGGUGAAGAGCUGAAGGGGAAGAAAAUAAGUAGACAACCGCGAGUAAAUGAAAUAAAGUGAUAAAAAAUGGAAAGGUUCAUAUUUUUAGAUUGAUAUUUAUUAGAGCUAUGAAGGGCGAAAAAUGUUGUGGGACUGUGGUGAGUAUGGAAACAUAAAAUCGUUUGAUGAAAUGAAGAUACUCGUAUAAUGGAAGAUGUGCGUGGAGACCAUAGUACGCAAAACCUCGUCUAACCUUAAAGCCCUAAUAAAUUCAAAUAGUUUCAGUGGUGUCAGCGAGUGAAUGUACGUAG